AUGUCUUCUUGGAUAUUUUUAAUCUGCAACAUUGAAGCCGACAAUAGUUUCUACGUUUUAGAAUGCACUGCUCCGGGUAAAGGUGCGUUACCACGCACGAAAGUGGGUGGAUGCAUUACCACGGUGGUGAUAUUUUUUAUGAUAUUUAGAUUCACUGCUUUAAGUAAAGAUGUACUACCCGAAGUCUUACAAGCGAGUAAAGUUAAGAAAGAAUAA